AAGUCAAAGCCGAAGAAAGUUGGCACUUCGAAACUCCCAUUUGCCAACCCUACUACACUUUCCCCAAAAAAUUCGAACACCGAGGCCGCCUUCUUCUUCUUCACCGAAUGCCAUCUUCGAGCUCCAGCCGUUCCCUCGCCAAUGGCCAUACCCGGCUCCAUUCCCCGGCCUAAAAAACCAGCCUUUAUCACCUUUCUUUCCUCCACCCUCCUUCCCCUCCUUUUCCUCUGCGCUCUCCUCCUCCUCCUCCUCCUUUUCAUUUCAGCUCCCCUCCCCUGCAUCUCCUCCCCUCCCCACCUCUCCUCCUCCUGGUCCGGCGACCUCCGCCUCGCCGAAUUCUCCUGGAACUCUCUCCCCUUCCCCUCUCACCAUCCCCUCCACACUACCUCCCUCAAAAUAGCAGUCUUUACCCGCAAAUGGCCCUCAUCCUCCUCCCCCGGCGGCAUGGAACGCCAUGCCCUCACUCUCCACUCCGCCCUCUCACUCCGCGGACACCAAAUCCACGUCUUUACCUCCGCACUCGACCACUCUCCUUCCUCUCUUAACACUCUGCAUCUCCACCCCCUCGCCGGCCGCUGGCGCUGCGACGAAGCCCUUUCCCUCUUCGAAGAAGAGCACGCCAUCUCCCCCUUCGACGUCAUCCACUCCGAAAGCGUCGCUCUUUAUCACCGCUUUGCUCGCCGUAUCCCCAACGUAGCCGUCUCCUGGCAUGGUAUCUCACUCGAAGCCCUCCAUUCCUCCAUCUACCAAGACCUCCUCCGCCGUUCCCACUACGAACCCCUCUCCUCUUCCUUCAACCGCACCCUCUCCUCCGCGAUCUACAAAGUCCUCGACGAAAUCCGCUUCUUUGAGAGCUACGCUCACCACGUCGCCAUCAGCGAUAGCACUGGCGAAAUGCUCCGCGAUGUUUAUCAAAUUCCUCGCGGUCGGGUCCACGUUAUACUCAAUGGAGUGGAUGAAACCGAAUUUCAGCCGGACUUGGAGCUUGGUAUAGCCUUCCGAGAAGAGCUUGGUGUGCCGGAAGACGCCGAGCUCGUAAUGGGAGUCGCCGGACGGCUUGUGAAAGACAAAGGACAUCCUCUUCUGUUCCAAGCCUUCACGGAGAUAGCGAAACGGUAUCACAAUGUCUAUUUGGUGGUGGCUGGAUCGGGGCCCUGGGAACAGAGGUAUAAGGAAUUGGGGGAGAAGGUCAUCGUCGCCGGAGCACUUCCGCCAGCAAAGCUGCGAGCUUUUUACAACUCGAUUGAUGUGUUUGUGAAUCCGACGCUAAGACCGCAAGGGCUGGACUUGACGUUGAUGGAGGCGAUGCAGUGCGGGACGCCGGUGAUGGCCACGAGGUUUCCGAGCAUUAAGGGGAGUGUGGUGGUGAGGGACGAGUUGGGAAUCAUGUUCUCGCCGAAUGUGGCGGAGCUUGGGAAUGCUAUGGAGAAGGCGGUGAGGGAAGGGAAGGGGAGGAUGGCGGAGAGAGGUAGGGCAUGCAGAGCGUAUGCUAUGGAGAUGUUUACUGCGAGAAAGAUGGCCAUGGCGUAUGAGCGCUUGUUUCUCUGUAUUAAAAAUGAGAGCUUUUGCAGGAAUUAACUUGGCGCAUCAUGAAUUUAUAUUUGGAAUUCACUACUUGUUAAUCACACCUAUGGUAAGGGAGGGUAUUUGAUGGCUGAAGAAAGCAGUGUUAUUGCUUGGACCGCAAUCAAGCACAGGUGGCUUCCUCAAUCCAUAUGAGACUGUAAGAAAGAGAGAGAGAGCUCCCAAGUCUCUUAUAUUGGUUUAUACGUAAUAUUUACCUUAGUAUUUAAUUUUGGGUGCUUGGCAAAAUUAAACAUGGUUGCUUUUAGCUGAUUCAGGCAGUAAGUGGGGAACAUAUUUC